AUGAUAAAAUCGAGUCAAAAGACAUUGGACGCGAAGCUGUUCUCCAGAAGUUUCCAGAGUUGCGCAAUGAAAUCUCGCUUGACACUCAGAAAAGAAAAGACAAGUUGUUCUGUGCCUUCGGACAGCUUCACGACAACUUUUCUUCGGAUUUCUUCCAAUAGAAUUACAGAAGAACUGUCUCUCGUUUGUUACCUAGCAAUAGCAUACAACUGUCUGUAACGUAGUAUGUUUGUGCCUCGGUGGAUGUAAGAUCCAGCGUCUAGAUCACUGAGUUCUGUGUAUGCGUAUCGGAUGUAUGCGCCUAGAUCACCGUGUUGUGUGUGUCAGUAGGGACUAGUGGAACACAUCUGGAGAGGAAACAGUGAACUAAAAAGCUUGCUGGUAGCAUAUUUCACAUUAAAAAUUGGGGGAGGGGGGGGGGGAUUGUCAGGACUCAGGACAGGAAGUAGGAUGGUGAGGGAGGGAGGUGGUUGUCUGGGACUCCCAGGGAUGUUACGAGUUUUCUUGUUGGGGACUUGUGCUCUUACGGUCCUGAGCUCUGCAGGCUUGGUGUUCCUUCUGGUGCAACACAUGCACCUGUCAGCCCACCUGGCCCGGUUGGAUCUACAGCUCCAGGUGCUCUCAGAGACUUCUGGCGCCGUGCUGCAUCAUUCUGCAGCAGUAUCCCUCCGGGCCAGCGGGGACCCUGGAGAGGAAGCUUCCCACAGGACCAGCAGGGACCCCGGAGAGGAAGCUUCCCACAGGACCAGCAGGGACCUUGGAGAGGAAGCUUCCCACAGGACCAGCAGGGACCCUGGAGAGGAAGCUUCCCACAGGACCAGCAGGGACCUUGGAGAGGAAGCUUCCCACAGGACCAGCAGGGACCCCGGAGAGGAAGCUUCCCACAGGACCAGCAGGGACCUUGGAGAGGAAGCUUCCCACAGGACCAGCAGGGACCCCGGAGAGGAAGCUUCCCACAGGACCAGCAGGGACCUUGGAGAGGAAGCUUCCCACAGGACGAGCAGGGAAGACCCAGGCAGAGAGGAGGCAGAAAGGGAGCUGCAGCAUGGCCGACCCCGCAAUAAGAGGAGCCAGGCUGGGAAACACCAGACUAAGCGACAGCAGAAACGUGGCGACAGGGACAUGAUGAUAAUGAUGACAUACUCUAUGGUCCCGAUCAAGGUCCUGUUGGAACUAUGUAACAGCACAAAAGACAUGUGUUUAACAGGCUCACCAGGACCUCCAGGCACUCCGGGUGUGGAUGGGAAGCCAGGUGUCAAUGCUACGGAAGGCAUAUCAGGACCACCUGGACCUGCAGGGAGACGAGGGAAAAAAGGUCUCCCUGGAGAGAGAGGGGAGCCUGGGGUGAAAGGAGACGUGGGAGACCCUGGAGCUCCAGGACUGAAGGAUGAGACCUCCAAUGACAUCUUCAUAGAGGGGCCUCCGGGUCCAAGGGGCCCUCCUGGCCCUGCCGGUCCCCCUGGUCUACCUGGCCCCCCAGCGACCUUAGAGGACCCAGAACCCUCUAGAAAUAGGACCAUGAGAGCACAGUUGUUAGAGAACACCUGUUUCCAUCAAGACAACAUGUCUGACUCUCUGGGUACAGAGAAUGCAGCCACAAGCAGUGAGACCUUAAAUGUAACCAACGCAGAGACUGUUAAUAUAACCAUCAGGGCACACAUCCAUCAAGCCAACAUGUCUUCGGAGUCAGCGAAUCUGGCUGCAAGUAAUGACAUGAAUGUAACUGACACCGAGAAUGAGGAAUUAAAUAACCGACAAAUGACAUACACCGAGAUUGUGGAAGAAGGACAUUUGAACGCAACUGACAGCGAGAUUGUGGAAGAAGGACCUUUGAACGCAACUGACAGCGAGAUUGUGGAAGAAGGACCUUUGAACGCAACCGAGAUUGUGGAAGAAGGACAUAGGAACGCAACCGAGAUUGUGGAAGAAGGACCUUUGAACGCAACUGACAGCGAGAUUGUGGAAGAAGGACCUUUGAACACAACCGAGAUUGUGGAAGAAAGACCUUUGAACGCAACCGAGAUUGUGGAAGAAAGACCUUUGAACGCAACCGAGAUUGUGGAAGAAGGACCUUUGAACGCAACCGAGAUUGUGGAAGAAGGUCCUUUGAACGCAACCGAGAUUGUGGAAGAAGGACCUUUGAACGCAACUGACAGCGAGAUUGUGGAAGAAGGACCUUUGAACGCAACUGACAGCGAGAUUGUGGAAGAAGGACCUUUGAACGCAACCGAGAUUGUGGAAGAAGGACAUAGGAACGCAACCGAGAUUGUGGAAGAAGGACCUUUGAACGCAACUGACAGCGAGAUUGUGGAAGAAGGACCUUUGAACGCAACCGAGAUUGUGGAAGAAGAACCUAGGAACACAACCGAGAUUGUGGAAGAAGGACCUAGGAACACAACCGAGAUUGUGGAAGAAGGACCUAGGAACACAACCGAGAUUGUGGAAGAAGGACCUAGGAACACAACCGAGAUUGUGGAAGAAGGACCUAGGAACACAACCGAGAUUGUGGAAGAAGGACCUAGGAACACAACCGAGAUUGUGGAAGAAGGACCUAGGAACACAACCGAGAUUGUGGAAGAAGGACCUAGGAACACAACCGAGAUUGUAGAAGAAGGACCUAGGAACACAACCGAGAUUGUGGAAGAAGGACCUUUGAACACAACCGAGAUUGUGGAAGAAGCAGCAUUUAGGAAAACUGAAUACAUUAUCAAAACCAUAACGUGCUUUCCAAACGUCAUUAAAAUGGAAACUACAUUUGGAGUUUGGAUGCAAGAUGCAGCCCGGGUGAACGAUAGCCACAUUUGGAUGGCUGGACACUUUGCAGGUCGAGUCUUGCAGGAGUACAAGAGCAUUGCAUCAUUUCCUAACAGCAGGUCUAUUGACAUGAGGAAGUUCUACCAGGGUUGUGGCCACAUCAUCUACAACGGGUCUGUUUACUAUCACAAUGCAGGAACCUCGAAAGUUGUCAAGGAUAACCUGAAGACCAGGAGAUUACAGACACUGGCCAUUGAGGAUGCUCUUUACCACAAUCGAACCUAUCUCUUCCACAACUCCAAGACGUACUUUAAGUUUGCUGUGGACGAGAACGGACUGUGGCUCAUAUAUGCUUCAGCUAUCAGUGGAACCGUGAUGGUGGCCAAGUUAAACCAUAAGAGGUUUUCUGUGUCGUCUGUGGUUAGCACGUCCUAUCCUGUACCGAGCGCUGGGAAUGCCUUUGUUGCAUGUGGAGUUCUGUAUCUGACUGACACCAAAGAUACAAAAGUCACACAUGCCUUUGACUUAAUGAAAGAGAAACCUUUGAAUGCCAGUUUGGAUCUCAGAUCAGCCAAUGGUAUAAUGGCCAUGUUGUCAUAUUAUCCCGAAAAUCAACUUUUGUACAUGUGGGACAACAGCUAUGUGAAAAUAUGCAAGGCUUAUUUUACUUUGGAUCAAAAAAGUCUAGUCAAAUGUUAUGGUCGUAAAUAAAUCUUAUGAUCGCGGGAGACAUUCUGCCAAGGAGAAUACAGUCAGUCACAAGUAGUGACACCUUGAAUGUAAUCAAUGCAGAGAAGGUUCUAUUAACAAUCAGAGCACACACCCAUCAAGCCAACACCCAUCAAGACAACACCCAAGAAGCCAACGCCCAUCAAGCCAACGCCCACCAAGCCAACGCCCAUCAAGCCAACGCCCACCAAGCCAACGCCCACCAAGCCAACGCCCAUCAAGCCAACACUCAUCAAGCCAACAC